CAAAAACCGACGUUAUAAAAGGCCAAUAGAAAAUUUUCUCCCAUUAAUGAACCGGUAAGAGGUAUAAUACAAGACCAUAAAAUGACAAUAACUAGGAAGAUUAGAAGAUUUUGAUAGAUCGCAAUUUCUUUUUUCUUCAUAAUCUUUUUGUGGCUUUGUAGAAUACAUACAGGCCAAAAUGGGCAGACGUCCCGCAAGAUGUUAUCGUUACUGUAAAAACAAGCCGUAUCCCAAAUCCCGGUUCUGUAGAGGAGUACCAGACCCCAAAAUUCGUAUCUUCGAUUUGGGUAAAAAGAAGGCCACCGUGGAAGAUUUUCCUCUGUGUGUACAUUUAGUUUCCGAUGAAUAUGAACAGCUCAGUUCUGAAGCUUUGGAAGCUGGACGUAUUUGCGCCAACAAAUAUUUGGUAAAGAACUGUGGUAAAGAUCAAUUCCAUAUUCGAAUGAGACUCCAUCCUUUCCAUGUUAUUAGAAUCAAUAAGAUGUUGUCAUGUGCUGGAGCUGAUAGGCUCCAGACUGGAAUGAGAGGUGCCUUCGGCAAACCCCAAGGUACAGUAGCCCGUGUGCGCAUCGGUCAACCAAUCAUGAGCGUCCGGUCCAGCGAUCGUUUCAAGGCCGCAGUCAUAGAGGCUCUCCGUCGUGCCAAAUUCAAGUUCCCCGGUCGCCAAAAGAUCUACGUCUCCAAAAAGUGGGGAUUCACCAGAUACGAACGUGACGAAUACGAAAACCUUAGGGACGACGGUCGAUUGGCUCACGAUGGUUGCAAUGUAAGGUACAGGCCGGAACACGGACCUUUGGCAGCCUGGAAGAAGGUGCAGGAAGAGAUCCAUGCUUCUUAGGUUAUUCGUUUUUUUAUGAUG